AUGGGAGAAAGACGCACGGAAGAAAUCCAAAACACCCACACCAACAAGCAAAAAGAAGACACUGGUAGCGCUAUUGUGGGAGCCAGCAGGGCACCAUUUACAAGAGUAGGUUACUCUCCGAGCUCAAGAAGAAGGUCUGAGCCCAAUAAAUAUAGCGAUGACUCCCGUCACAACGUCAUACACUCUCGAUACAGCUGCGGUAAAUGUGGCCACAUAGCCCGGAACUGCACCCUGAAAGAACCAAGAGUAAGCCUAGUGAGCAGUAACACCUCAGAAAGCGUACGUUCGAUGGGACUAGCAAUAGAACGAAAAGACAGCGUAGAAGUAGACAUUUUCGCAAUGACGGCACAAGCACCACUAGAUUCCGGUUCAAUGAUAAGUAUAAUCCCAAUACAACUGCUAGCAUAUUACAGAGGGUUUGACAUAGUCCUUAGAACACAAUCAAAUGGAAACAGUAUACAAAGCCCAAAACAACAGAUGACAUCUUUAGGCAUAGUACGAAUCCGAGUAAAACUCCUAGUUUCGGUAGCGGACAGGGUCAACGAAGGCGUAAUGUGGGCAAGUAAAGAGGGUGCAAACAGGGGAAUAUACAGAGUACGAAAUAAAGAAAUAACUAAUGGCGAUCACCCCAUGGUAAUACGGAAAGGCGAGAAGCUGGGAGAAUGGGGAACUGAGAAAUGGUUAACAAAGUGA